AUGACUAAACUCGGCACUAAUUACGAAUAUUUAACUGACAAUGAAAUACAGAUUUUACAACAAAGCCCUUACCAAUUAACUCUUUCGAUUAAUGAAUUAACAGAAUCAGCAGUAAAAAAACGUCAUAAUCCACCACGGCCACAAAAUAGCUGGAUAAUUUUCCGAAGAGAUUAUGAAGCAUACUUACGUUGUAAUCAACACGUAAAAUCAAAAGUUAAAGAAACAGCAAAGACAUGCAGUUUAAAGUGGCGAAAGCUAUCAAGCCAAGCCAAGCAUUUCUUCAAAAUAUUAGAGAAAAUAGCUUGUGAGAAUCAUAAACGUACAUAUCCUAAUUAUAAAUACAGGCCAAAACAUGCAAAAUCUUCAAAUCAUAAAGAAUUUAUUUUUCGAGAACAGAAAAAAUAUGUAUCUAUUUCGUCAGUUAAGUUUAGUACAAUAGCUUCCAAUUCACCUCAAGAACCAAUACAAAUCGAUGGACC